GCGGCCCGCACUGCACAGUGCGGCGCUCGGGAUGGCGGCGACAGCACCCUCCUCCACAUGGCCGCGGCUCUGCCUGCUGCUGCUGCUGCUGCAGGCGGCCGCCUCAGCACAGCAGGCGGACAGCGCAGGCUUCCGAGAGGCGGCCGGCCUGCAGCGCUCUCUGCCUAUCGAGGACCUCUCGGCCGAUGUCCGUGGACCUGAAGAAAGUACCGACUGGGAGGGCGGCGCUGGUGGGACGCUGGAAACGACAACAGAGGACGCGGAGGACGCGGAGUCGCUGCACGUCAUGAAGGUGCCCGCCGCCGCUGCGGCCCACGGCGGAUCCGUGCACCGGCACGAGGAUAUCCCACCAGAGCUGGCUGCGUCUGCCGGGCUGCCGGACGUGGUGCGGCUGGUGGCGCUGGCGGCGGCGCGCCUCGAGGCGGGCACAGCCUGCGGCGACCACAGCACCGCCUUCCUGCAGGCGCUGCGCAACUUCACGCUGUGGGCCGUCCAGAUGUACGACGCGUCGGUGAAGGCGCCCUCCGGCGUGCUGUACGGCUCGGUGUACCAGCUGGGCCACUUCGACCAGUGCGUGACGGCGGGCGCGGGCGGGCUGCGCGGCCAGUACUGCCUGCCGCAGGUGCAGGCGCUGCCCGCCGAGCCGCAGCCCCUGCCGGCCGACCCCUACAGCGACACCUUCCAGCAGGACCAGUCCGCCUGGCUCAAGCUGCAGUUCGCGGGCGACCAGAUGAAGAUCCGCCGGGACAAGGGCUGGUGGGCGGUGUGCGUGCCCGCCUCGUGCUCGCCGCGGCAGGUGCAGCGCGCCCUGGAUGCAGCAUUCAGGGUCGCAGGCCCGCGCAUGCGCAUGCAACUGCGCGCGGAGCUGCGAGACGACCACUGCUCCACGGGGGAGCCCCUGCAGCCGGGCCGCUCCACCGUCAUCUUCGUGUGUCUCAUAGCAGCGCUGUUGGUGUUAGCGGCCAUUGGAAGCUAUUAUGAUGCGCGUUUGAACAAUAAAGAUGUCUUCAAACCAGAGAAAAGGAAAGGUUUGGGCAGGCAGAUUAUGGAGUGCUUCUCAGUGCAGCAAAACUACCGACGGCUGACCAUCACAAAUAAAUCGAAUAUGGAUCUUGAUGUAUUCGGGUUCAUGCGCACCUUUUCCUUGCUGUGCAUCAUUGCCGGCCAUCGGCUCCUGCACUACUAUGGCUCCCCGAUUUAUAACGGAGAAGACGAAGACAAGCUGUUUCGACAACCGGCUGGCAUGUUGGUUGCUAAUGGUGUCCUGCUUGUGGACGUCUUUUUCACAAUUGGAGCCAUGACGAUGACAAGCCUGCUCUUCCAGGGGCUUCAUAAAGGAGCGAAAUUCCAUCAACUCUUUCUGGAAAUAAUAAAUCGAUAUGUGAGGUUAACGCCGCUAUACGUGCUAGUGAUCCUGUUCCACUGUGGCGUGUUGCCUUACAUGGGCUCCGGGCCAUUCUGGAAGUCCACCGUGCUUCAGGAGCAAACACGAUGUGAGACCAACUGGUGGACCAACGUCCUUUAUGUCAACAACUACAUAGAUCCUGGUAACAUGUGCGUGUUCCAGUCGUGGUACAUGUCGGCGGAUUUCCACUUCUUCAUCGUGAGCCUCUUCUUGGGGUACAUGACGUGGCGGUGGCCCGUGGCGGGCUGGGCAGCCAUGGGGUGCGUCACCAUAAUCUCCAUGGUGCUGCCCUUCAUGACCAUUUACCUCCAAAAUCUGGACGCAUUAGUGAUGCCGUUCCCGCACGUGCUGAAGAACUUCCGCGAGAACAAAGUGUUCCAGAAGCUGUACGUACCGUCGCACAACAGAGCCACUCCCUACCUGCUGGGAGUGAUGGCCGGCAUACUGGUGUACCGUGGACGAAAUCUGAAGAGGAAAAUGAACGAGGUUUCAAGUUUUGUGGUGUUUGUCACAUAUUGGUGCGUGGGCGUCGCAUUACUCUUCUCUGCAUACGUUUUCUUCAUUCCUGGAAGGCCGUACAAUGCACUUGAAGCAGCAAUCUACGGUGCACUUAAUCGUCCUGCUAUGGCACUGCUGAUUUGCAUUUAUGGAUCAUUUCCGGUCAUUUCAAACUCAAAGAUUAUACUUAACUUUCUGUCGGCGAAAAUAUUUGUUAUCCUCGGUCGGCUCUCAUUCGCCGCAUACCUGAUCCACACCAUACCGCAGAUCUACGACCAGGGCAGUCUGCGCCAGCCACGACAUAUUGACGCAUAUUCUGGGGUGUGGCUGGUGAUAGCGGACUACUGCAUCACGUAUCCGGCGGCCGCGGUGCUGUACGUGCUGGUGGAAGCGCCCUUCCGUGGCGUUAUGAAGGUGUUGCUCCAACGGACAAAGUGAGCGGAAAGGCAUACGUACAAGGAGUGUGGCAAAGUACAACAAUCUGUAGCAAGUGUGCCUACAAAUGCAAAAUACAUCUCAAAUCGUAUGCAACGAAGAGUGUUCUUUAUGCGAAGCAUCUCUAUCAUACUAACACUCAACGUACUCGUAUCUGGCGGAAAGUCUGUUAAAUGUUGGAUAUCCUUCGCGAACUGCAACUAUAGUUGCACACUUAUUUGCGAUUUGAGACUCCUAAUAAAGAAAUGAGGGAACUUUAGAGCUUUAACGAUACGAGAUAAAUUUCUCAUCUCGUCACUUCACAGUUAACACUUCAAAAGAAAAGACGUAACUAGCUCGAAUUGUGGAUUUGAAGAGCGGAGAGGGAAGUAAUUUUUAUCUGAAUUUUAACUCAUUAUUACUUUGUCUCUGGCUAUCGACAUUUUGUAUUUGUGCCAAUGGUCCGUUUUCAACCCUAGUAAUUUGUUUCACAGCAUCUAUGUCGUUAGCAGGCCACUGUCUGCGAGUGAUGCAAUAUCUCCUCCUGCAAUUUCGUUUCUAAGACUGAUACGACGUAACUAACACGAUUUUUCCAUCUUUGCUACAAGGAAGUAAAAACAAAUAAAACGUCUUUUUGACAGUGUCCCCGGUCAGUCGACUGGUGACGUACUCCACACCUUUCUACAGCAAGGGGCGUGCUUUACAUAGUGUUGAGAGCAGAGCGAUAACAGAAGGGAUGCCGUUUUAGCACCCUGCGGUGGAGAGCACCACUGUUCAUCGACUCCACAGCUCUGGGGUCGAGCGUUCCGGAAUAUACACAGACGCACGAACAGAGCCCAUUGAUCUUGUGUGAACUUCCGUAAUUAUUAUCGUAACGCACAAGUUCUUGAGAUUUAAAAGACUAUACUACAGAAUGUAGUGUUUUUUUCUGGUUACUUACGUCAUCAUGUCGGUUCAGUAAGAAUACCUCUACUUUAUUUUUAUACGAAACUAGUCAUUAUUCGUGGUCACUAAAGGUAAUUAACUAACUUGCAUUGGCCAGGAAGAGUGUGAGAGAAGUGCCCACGAAGGAAACAAAACGACCAUACUCCACCCUCCCCUUCCCUCUUCUUCCAGUCUACCUGUGAUAAAGCGCAAUGAUAGUACCUGUCGAAAUGAACGUAUGGACGUUCAUCGUAGUACUGGCAUCUACCAAGGAACUCCACAGAUAUGUGAGAUGCUGUUGAACUGUCGUCCUAUCAGGCGAGCAUGGUCUGCAUUGCUUGACAUAUGCCUAAUCUAUUGUUAAAUCAAAUGAUGCAUUUGACCGUAGUAGAGAAGUUGUGAAAACUCACAAACUAAAAUUUAUGAACUAUUUGUCACCGGACACACGUAUAAUCACAUCACAAAGAAAGUCUAUGACCACAAGAAGUCGUAAAACGCCCCAGAAGAAAGCUGUUGUAUGAACCACGUUGGCCGCGAAGUGUCGAUUGGAGAAUUCACAAGAUCCUUCGCGCAAAAAUAAGAUUAAAUCUGAACAAAAAUGUGUGGUCGGGUGGU